UUAGCAAUAAAUUACAUAACACAAAAUCGGAUACUAACACGAUUAUAUCAUUCAUGUAAAAAAAUACAAAUUUUAUAGUACAUCUUUUUUACACGUUUUGGCCAUAUGGCCAUUUGGGUAUGGACUUAUUUCAAUAUAUUUUGUCACAACAGCGAUUGUUGGUAAAUUAGAACAAUGAUGUCCAGUCAUCGUUACGUUUCUCUCGUCAUGGGCUAAUGCGCAAUCAUUGUACAAUCAAAAUGUGUGCCCACUCUGAAGGGUAUCUACCUAUAGUAGAGGUGCACACCAUACAUCACAUGCCUACAUUACCAUGUCUAUACACACUGUGUCAAACCAUCAGUUACAGAUAGGUACUACACGCAAUCGUCCGCUAACACGAAACGUUUCUAAUAACAAUGUUGAAGCUUGGUGUCUGGUUUAUUACUAUUUAUGGUUUAAUUUUUAACAUAUCGGCACAAGACCCAGUUGCAAAUUUACCACAAGGCCGAAUUGUAGGGAUCAAAGCCUACACAGAAGGUUCUGUUACACCCGUUGAAAUAUACUACGGAGUGCCCUAUGCAACGCCUCCUAAGGGCAGAUAUAGAUUCUCAGCCCCAGAACGCCAUGUGGGUUGGAGACGAACGUAUUUUGCCCAUCGAAUACCCCCACACUGUCCGCAUAUAGGAGAUAGUGACACAGAUAAUUACAGUGAAGAUUGCCUAUAUCUAAACAUUUGGACGCCACGGCGCUCAGAUGGUAAAACUUUACCAGUAGUAGUAAUAUUAUACAGUGAGACUUGGACAGAGGCUGGUAUAUCUCUUCCUUGUCAAGAACUGGCGGCCGAUGGUGUUGUGGUGGUUACAGUUAUGUAUCGCUUACAUCUUCUGGCGUUCUUCACACUACGCUCAAUAUCCGCUCGUGGGAACCUAGCACUCCUGGAUCAGUACCUGGCAUUUCUAUGGGUGCGUGACAAUAUCGCUGCUUUUGGUGGUGACCCAACUGCGAUUACAGUGCUUGGUCAUUCUGCUGGAGCUGAUAGUCUGCUUUACCAUAUUACAUCGCCGCGAUCUGUCGGAUUAUUUCAAAGAGCAAUUAUUAUGUCACCAUUUGAUAUCUGGAAAGCUUUAGAUGAACAAAACUUUAUUGGAGUUACUGAAGUGGAACGAAUAUCUCGUGAAAUUGCACAUUCACUCGGCUGUAAGAGUAAUAAAGAUCAGGAAAUUUUGCAAUGUAUGCGUGAGCGGCCUUUAUCGGAUAUAAUGGCACUUUAUUCGAAUGAAACUUGGAGCAGAGCAAUGCAACCGAUAUCCGACAGCUUCUUACCGUCAUCUGAACAAUUCUUACCCCGUUCCUUAUUGGCGGCUUUAUCGGUAUCAAAAUUUGAAAAUUUGCAACUAGAUGUAAUGCUUGGUGCCUGCGACCUUGAAGGUUUACGGUAUAAUGACGACGAGUAUAAGAUUUUAAUGAAACGAGGAAAAUCAUAUUUAUCUGACUACGCAAACAGAAAAGUUAUACCUAAUAGUUUACGCCUUUUGUCUCUUGAUCGGUUGGAUGGAUUACCCAUGUUAUCACAAGCGGUUCAGUGGGAAUACUUAAUUGACAAAUCAAGAAAAAGUUCAGAGACUCUUAAUACCAUAGAAUUUAUCGGUCGAGUAGAAACAUCAGCUAAGUGGAGUGCCGGAAUUGCGCUUGUAGCAGCUCGUUUAGCUCGUAAAGUAAAUCGUCUUUACGUGUACCGGUAUUCCCAACCUGCCGGUGUGGAUAUGAAUGGCCGAAACUAUAAUUUCUCUGGUGCUGCCCAUGGUACGGAUUUAGUAUCAAUGCUAGGUGAUGCUUUAAUGCUUCAAGUGGCGCGUCGACCUUCGACUGUAGAUGAGAAAAAAGUAUCUCAGGUCUUCCGGAGAUAUGUGACAAAUUUUGUUAAAUUUGGGUCACCAGAAGAUGAUAACUUGUGGUUGAGAUAUAAGAUCGGCGAUGCUAAAAUAUACGACAUUCAUGACGUGGAUGCCGCUAAAACCAGCUCUCACAGUGCAGAAAGAGAUGUCAGAUUUUGGCUUCAGUAUUUGCCAGAACUUGUCAAUCUCAUUCAAUCCGUGGAGAAAACGGAGCAACUAACUGGGCCAAAAGGAGAUAAUCGAUUUCGGGGUGGUGUUUUUGCAAUGUGCGGAGUGGCAUUGGCACUGUUAUUACUAUUAUGUGUUUGUGCAAUACUAUUGCACAGACAACGUUCUCGACAUUUUACAGUUGCCAAUGACGAUCACCACUGAAAUUAUUCUUAAUUAAAUGCACUGUUAUGUCGAAAACACA